UAUAUAAUUGGCGAUCCAAAAGCCACUGUUCUCAAACUCUCUCCUUUUUCUCUCCGGUUUUUCCGUGUUCUUCCCGCAGCACUUUACCACCAGCAAUUAGCCAAACAAAUCGGUUCAAUCUGGCUCGAAAAUGGCGGUAUCUGUUCAAAACAGUCUUUGGGACAGAGUUACAGAACUAACCAAGGUAGCUCAACAAAAGGGAGUUGAUCCUCUUCUUUGGGCCAUUCAGCUGUCUUCAAAUUUGAACUCGGCGGGAGUCGCUUUGCCGUCAGUUGAGCUCGCUAACCUGCUGGUUUCGCACAUUUGUUGGGAUAAUAAUGACCCUGUUUCAUGGAAGUUCCUUGAGAAGGCUCUGAUGUUGAAUAUUGUACCCCCAAUUCUCGUUCUUGCCUUGCUCACAACCAAAGUAAUUUCAAGAAGACAAUUCCAGCCAGUAGCAUAUCGGCUCUAUCUGGAACUCCUUCGAAGACAUGCUUUUAAACUUAAAUCUCAUAUCCAUGGCCUCAGAUACAAAGAGGUCAUGACCUCUGUUGAUUCCGUUCUUCGUCUUUCUGAGACAUUCAAUUUGCCAGCAAAUGAUCCUGGGACCCUUGUGGUUGAGUUUAUAUUUUCAAUUGUCUGGCAGUUACUUGAUGCAACACUUGUUGAUGAAGGGUUAUUGGAACUUAUCGUGGAAGAGAAAUCCAAAUGGCCGACAAAACCUCAAGAAAUGGAACUAGAUGGUCACAAUGGUUAUGAUGAUAAAUGGACUGAACAACGUGAGAGAUUGCGGAAUGUAAACAUUGAACUGACAAUUGAGAUAAUUGGGAAAUUUCUUCAAGAUACGGUUACUUCAAGGAUUCUUCACUUGGCUUGCAGGAAUAUGCCUUUGCAUUGGGCAGAUCUUAUUCAGCGACUCCAGUUGCUGGGAGAAAAUUCUUCAGUAUUGAGAAACUCAAAAUCUCUGAACUCAGAGAUUUUUCUGCAGUUCACAUCUGAUACUUGGACGAUCUUCUAUCAAGAAUUUAAACAAAAUUCACAGCAGAAGUUCCAUCCAAUUAGAGCAUUUGGAUCUCCAGCAGCUUCUGCUAGUUUGUGUCAUAGAACUCGGUAUUCUGCACUUUGGCUUCCUCUCGAUCUAGUUCUAGAAGAUGCAAUGGAUGGAUAUCAAGUAGAAGCAACAAGUGCCAUUGAAAAAAUUACCAGUUUGGUCAAAACCCUCAAGGCAAUAAAUGGAACUAGUUGGCAUGAUACCUUCUUGGGUCUCUGGAUAGCAGCUCUUCGUCUUGUUCAAAGGGAAAGAGAUCCCAUCGAGGGGCCUGUGCCUCGCAUAGACACUCGUCUAUGCCUUCUAUUGUGUAUCACAGUCCUUGUGAUUGCUGAUCUGAUUGAGGAGGAGGAAAGUACGACAAUUGAUGAAACAGAGUAUGUUGCCUCCAAUCACUGGAAAGAAAAAAAGGCCCCUGGAAAGUGUCGUAAUGAACUAAUUUCCAGCCUACAGAUAUUGGGGGAAUAUCAGAGUUUGCUGACUCCUCCUCAGGAUAUUAUCUCUGCAUGCAAUCAGGCGGCUGCCAAAGCAAUGAUGUUUGUAUCUGGAAUCAGUGUUAGUAAUGCAUAUUUUGAAUGCAUCAAUAUGAAAGACAUGCCAAUGAACUCUUCAGCUGGAAAUAUGCGUCAUUUGAUAGUUGAGGCUUGCAUUGCUAGAAAUCUCCUGGAUACAUCUGCAUAUUUCUGGCGAGGCUAUGUGAACGGUUGCAUUAGCCAAAUGCCUCAAAGUAUACCACCUCAAGCACCUGGUUGGUCAGCUUUCAUGAAGGGGGCUCCACUUAAUCAUAUAAUGAUAAAUGCCUUAACUUCAACUCCUGCUUCAAGCUUAGCAGAACUGGAGAAAAUAUUUGAGAUAGCAGUAAAAGGAUCAGAUGAAGAGAAGAUAUCUGCAGCAACCAUUCUUUGUGGGGCCUCCUUGAUCCGAGGCUGGAAUUUUCAGGAGCAUACUGUCCAUUAUAUUACCAGGUUACUUUCUCCUCCAGUUCCCACAGAUUACUCUGGAUGUGAAAGUCAUUUGAUAGGCUAUGCUCCAAUGCUGAAUGUGCUUAUUGUUGGAAUAGCAUCUAUUGAUUGUGUUCAGAUUUUUUCUCUACAUGGUUUGGUUCCACAGCUUGCAUGUUCACUGAUGCCAAUCUGUGAGGUUUUCGGCUCAUGUGUGCCAAACCUCAAUUGGACAUUAACAACAGGGGAAGAAAUCUCUGCUCAUGCUGUGUUUUCAAAUGCGUUUACUCUUCUCUUAAAGCUUUGGAGAUUUAACCAUCCUCCUCUAGACCAUGGAGUGGGCGAUGCACCUACGGUUGGAUCUCAACUUACUCCAGAAUAUCUACUCUUGGUGAGAAAUUCCCAUCUGGUAUCUGGAAAUGUCCACAAAGAUCGCAAUAAAAUGAGACUUUCAGCUGUGGCAAGUUCCUCUUCCCCCCAACCAAUAUUUGUAGACUCAUUUCCCAAAUUGAAAGUCUGGUAUCGGCAGCAUCAAGCAUGUAUAGCGUCGACCCUCUCUGGUCAUGUUCAUGGCAACCCAGUUCAUCAGACUGUUGAUGGACUGCUUAACAUGAUGUUCCGAAGAAUUAAUGGGGGAAAUCAACCGUUAACUUCAGUUACUUCUGGAAGCAGUAGUUCUUCUGGGCCUGGAAACGAAGAUUCUUCUUUAAGACCUAAAUUGCCUGCCUGGGAUAUAAUGGAAGCUGUUCCUUUUGUGAUUGAUGCUGCUCUAACAGCCUGUGCUCAUGGAAAGCUUUCUCCUCGUGAGUUGGCUACAGGACUCAAAGAUCUAGCUGAUUUUCUACCAGCAUCUUUAGCCACCAUAGUGAGCUACUUUUCUGCAGAAGUAACUCGGGGAUUAUGGAAACCUGUUUUUAUGAACGGAACAGAUUGGCCAAGCCCAGCAGAAAAUCUUUCCAACGUUGAAGAGCAGAUCAAGAAAAUCCUGGCUGCUACUGGCGUUGAUGUCCCUAGCCUGGCUGCAGGGGGAAGCUCUCCAGCUACACUUCCUCUACCCUUAGCUGCCUUUGUAAGCCUUACUAUAACAUACAAAAUUGACAGAGCAUCCCAACGUUUCCUCAAUUUGGCUGGCCCAGCCUUGGAGUCUCUCGCGGCUGGUUGCCCAUGGCCAUGCAUGCCAAUUGUUGCUUCCUUGUGGACUCAAAAAGCCAAACGUUGGAGUGAUUUCCUGGUCUUUUCAGCAUCUCGUACAGUCUUCCUUCAGAACUGUGAUGCCGUGGUUCAGCUGCUCAAAAGCUGCUUCACCGCCACCCUAGGCCUGACUGCCAAUCCUCUCUCAAAUCAUGGGGGUGUCGGGGCCCUUCUUGGUCAUGGAUUCGGAUCUCAUUUCUGUGGUGGGAUUUCUCCCGUUGCUCCAGGAAUUCUUUUUUUACGCGUCUACCGAUCGAUUAGAGAUGUUGCACUAUUGGUUGAAGAGAUUCUCUCUCUUCUGAUGGAUUCUGUGAGAGAAAUAGCUUGUAAUGGUGCUCGAAAAGAGAGAUCAGGGAAAUUAAAGACAACCAAUAAUGCAAAAAGAUAUGGACAGAUUUCACUAUCUUCAGCAAUGACUCAAGUAAAGCUUGCAGCUUCCCUUGGAGCUUCACUAGUAUGGCUAUCAGGCGGUUUAGUAUUGGUUCAAUCUGUGAUAAAAGAAACAUUACCUUCUUGGUUCAUUUCAGUUCAUAGGUCUGAGCAAGAGAAAUGUUCAGAGGGGAUAGUUUCAAUGCUUGGGGGAUAUGCAUUAGCUUACUUUGCAGUGUUAUGUGGGGCUUUUGCUUGGGGCACCGAUUCUUCAUCAUCUGCAUCAAAGAGACGUCCCAAAAUCCUUGGUGUCCACAUGGAGUUUCUUGCAAGUGCCCUUGAUGGAAAGAUAUCACUAGGAUGCGAUUGGGCCACUUGGCGUGCCUAUGUGACUGGGUUCGUGAGCCUAAUGGUUGGUUGCACACCGAGCUGGGUUCUAGAUGUAGACGUUGAAGUAUUGAAGCGAUUGAGUAAUGGACUAAGGCAAUGGAAUGAAGAAGAGCUCGCUCUUGCAUUGCUUGGACUUGGUGGAGUUGGUACCAUAGGCGCAGCUGCUGAACUGAUUAUUGAAAGUGAGACGUAAGUUUAUUUAGCCAUUUUUGUAUUCUUUUAGGUCGGUUUCUAGAGUUAGAAUAGUUUGUACUAUAGUUUUAUUUUAUUCUAAGGUCAGUCCUGUUAACCAUCAGCUUUAAUUAUUGAAGUAUAGGGUUGUGAGUUAGUUACAUCAAUGGAGAAUUUUGUUAUAAGUUCUUCCAUUUUGUACCUAAGCUAACAAAUGUAAAUUGUUUCAUUUCCCACUACUACAUUUUGAAUAUAUAUUUUUUCA